AUGGCCGAAAUCUACUCCUACACUUCCACCGCUCCAGUCAAUAUUGCUACCCUCAAGUAUUGGGGCAAGCGCAAUAUUUCUUUGAACUUACCCACUAAUAGCUCUGUCUCUGUGACUCUCGACCAGUCUGAUCUUAGAGCUAUCACCACUGCUGCCACCAGCUCCUCUUUUACCAAGGACCGCUUGUGGCUCAACGGUACUGAAGAAGACAUUGACAAGAGCGCUCGUCUCUCCACUUGUGUGCGCGAACUUCGUAAGCUCCGUAUUGAAUACGAGGAGAAGCUUACUACUGAGAAGAAAAAGAUUAUCCCCUUGAGCACCUACAAGCUCCACAUUAUUUCUGAGAACAACUUCCCUACCGCAGCCGGUCUUGCUUCUUCUGCUGCUGGUUUUGCUGCUCUUGUAUCUUCUGUUGCUGGUCUCUACGAGCUUCCUCAAACCCCUGAGGAGCUUUCCGUUCUGGCUCGCCAAGGCUCUGGAUCCGCUUGCAGAUCGCUCUUUGGCGGCUACGUUGCCUGGGACAUGGGCGUUAAGGAAGAUGGCUCCGACUCUAAGGCUGUGAGUGUUGCCCCCCGCGAGCACUGGCCCGAUAUGCGUGCUCUUAUUCUUGUUGCCAACGCCAACAAGAAGGACGUGUCUUCGACCUCUGGCAUGCAGACCACUGUUGCUACUUCUUCUCUCUUUAAGGAACGCAUUGAGACAGUUGUUCCUGAACGCUACGAGGCUAUGAAAAAGGCCAUUGUCGACAAGGACUUUGAGUCCUUUGCUGAGUUGACUAUGCGUGAUUCCAACCAGUUCCAUGCCGUCUGCCUCGAUUCAUACCCACCCAUUUUCUACCUUAAUGACACCUCGCGUGCUGCCAUUCGCACUGUUGAAGAAAUUAACAAGCAUGCUGGCAAGACCGUUGCUGCCUACACUUUUGAUGCUGGUCCAAACUGUGUUAUUUACUUUUUGGAGGAAAAUGCAGAAAAGGUCAUUGGUCCUAUCCGUUCUGCACUCGCAAAUGCUGAAGGCUGGAAUUCCACCGAAAUCGCUGCUUCACUUCCCGAGGGCUUUGAGCAAAGAUGGCUUGAGGUCUUGAGCGCUGGUGUUUCACGUGUUUACUUUACCAAGGUUGGCGAUGGUCCUAAGAAGAGUGAUGAAACUCUGAUUGGAGCUGAUGGCGAGCCCAAGAAAUAA